AAAAAACAAAAGUGAAAAUUAGACUCUGAGAGAGAGAGAGAGAGAGUCGUAAACGGAGAGUUAUCAUUUCAUUAUCCGAUCACACGGGAGAUCGUUACAUCUCUCCCCCUCUCUCUUCUUAGCUCGAUCUCCUUGAAAUCCGGUGUUUUAUAUCUAAUCCCGUUUCCCGGCGUCUUAAAACCGCUUCCCGGUGAUUUUAUCGGCAAUUUUUCUAUUGUAUACUUUUUCAGAAGAGGAUCAAGAAGGACGGCUACUCGAAUUGAAGCUAUAAUUCUUUUCUAUUCAUAUAUAUAUAAGUCGAAUACUGCCGUUUUGCAUCUUAUCUUUUAGGUUUUUGGGAUGAACUAGCCUUUGUUGCUUGCUGAAUUUAAGAAAGAAGUCGAAAAGGUUUUAGUAUUGAUUCGGAUAUUCUUUUAGGUGUUUCUGACUUCUGGAUUAUUCGAAGCGGAAAGGAGAUGGAGAGACUUGUAACUUGAAGCUAGGAACUUGGGGCUGUUUCUCCUGUAGGCUGAAGGAAACAGCCUGCUGUUAUGAUUAGGGCACUGUUCGGUGAAAUAGAUUUUUCUUCAUUAUAUUUUAUCUUCAUUUUUUCUUUGGGAUUUCGGGAUGAGAAAUGAUGGCCAGAACCCCAAGGGAGCAGUUACGAGAUCGGGGCGGAGUAAUGGGUUCAUACCAAACUCUUUUCGAGCGAUCUCGAGUUACCUAAGAAUCGUAUCCUCGGGCGCGUCCACUGUUGCCUCGACGGUUCGAUCAGCUGGUGCAUCGGUCGCGUCGUCAAUUGUAGAUAGAGAGGACGUUGGCUGCCGUAAUCAGGUCCACUGGGCUGGGUUUGACAAGUUAGAAUCUGAGGAAGGCAUUAUUCGGAGAGUUCUCUUGCUGGGUUAUCGGUCUGGUUUCCAGGUUUGGGAUGUUGAAGAAGCAGAUAAUGUGUAUGAGCUAAUAUCCAGAUACGAUGGCCCUGUUUCCUUUCUGCAAAUGCAACCAAAGCCAAUAGAAUCAAAGAAAUCAGAAGACAAGUUUGCAGAUGUCCGACCAUUGCUUAUCGUUGUUGGGGAUGGUUUUCUUUCUGGUGGUAUUAAUGUUCAAGAUGGGGUUUUCACUCAAUGCAAUGGGAAUGAUACUACUUGCCAUGAGACUGGUAAUGGAAACUUUGUACCUACAGUUGUUAGGUUUUAUUCCUUGAGGUCACAAUCUUAUGUGCAUAUCCUGAAGUUCAGAUCAGCUGUUUUCUCUGUAAGGUGCAGCCCUCGAGUUGUAGCUAUAUCUCAGGCAGCUCAGAUACAUUGCUUUGAGGCUGCGACCCUGGAGAGAGAAUACACAAUUCUUACAUAUCCUGUAUUUUCGGGUUGUCCUGGUUUUGGGAAUGCAGGCUAUGGACCACUUGCAGUGGGGCCAAGGUGGUUAGCUUAUAGUGGAAGUCCUGUUGUCAUUUCAAACACAGGCCGUGUCAGUCCACAACAUCUUACACCUUCUGCAAGUUUCUCUGGUUCCUCUUCAAAUGGGAAUGUGGUUGUGCAUUAUGCCAAAGAAUCAAGCAAACAACUUGCUGCUGGUAUAGCGACCCUAGGAGAUAUGGGUUACAAGAAAUUGUCACGGUAUUGCUCUGAACUCCUACCUGAUUGCAAUAAUUCUCUAAAAUCAGGGAGCCCUGGCUGGAAAACCAACGGCACUGUUAAUGGCCAUCUGUCAGAUGUAGAUAAUGCUGGAAUGGUUAUUGUGAGAGAUAUUGUUGGAAAAUCUGUUCUUACCCAGUUUAGGGCACAUAGGAGUCCUAUUUCUGCAUUAUGCUUUGAUCCUAGUGGGACAUUGUUGGUGACUGCUUCAGUUCAGGGUCAUAACAUUAAUGUUUUCCGAAUAAUGCCCAUGCUUCCUAGAAGUUCAUCAGGAUCUGAUUCUCAUGGAUCUUAUGUGCAUCUUUACAGACUGCAGCGUGGCUUAACGAAUGCUGUUAUACAGGACAUCAGUUUCAGUGCAGACAGCCAAUGGAUUAUGAUAAGUUCUUUAAGGGGAACGAGCCAUUUAUUUGCUAUAUCUCCUUGUGGAGGUUCUGUGAACCUUCAGUCUGCUGCUUCAGGGUUUACCAACAGUGUGUUAGGUGUGAUGACCAAACAAGAUGCUCAUUGGCCACAUGGUUCAGGGCCAGAAAAACUUAAUCAACAAAAUUUUUCUGCAUUUGGUCCUCCAGUAACACUAUCAGUUGUUAGCAGAAUAAGGAAUGGUGGUAAUGGUUGGAGGGGUACAGUAAGUGGUGCUGCAGCUGUUGCAACAGGCAGGGUUAGUUCCCUUUCUGGGGCUAUUGCUUCAACCUUCCACAACUGCAAAGAAAAUGGUUCAUGUUUAGAUUCCAAUUCAUUAAGUACAAAAUACCACCUUCUGGUGUUCUCACCUUCUGGUUGUCUGAUGCAAUAUGUCUUGCGUACAUCUAAUGGACCAGUUUCUGAGUCAGUUUCAUCUAGAUUAAACACUGCUUAUGAAUCACUUCCAGAUAGUGAUGCAAAGUUAGUUGUUGAAGCAGUCCAGAAGUGGGAUAUCUGUCAGAGACAACAUCAAAGAGAACGGGAAGAUAAUCUUGACAUUUAUGGUGAACAUGGUAAUGGAGACAACCAUAAGAUUUUCCCAGAGGGAAAAAGGGGGAACGGUAUAUAUCCUGCUAAUGGUCUUUUAGUCACAAAGACAAAGAGCAGUGCUGAGGAAAGGCAUCAUUUAUAUAUAUCAGAAGCUGAGUUGCAAAUGCAUCAAGCUCGGAUACCAAUGUGGGCAAAACCAGAGAUAUACUUUCAGGUGAUGAUGAUGGAUUACAAGAACAUAAAAGAAAGUGUUUUAGGAGGUGAAAUUGAAAUUGAACAGUUUCCAACUCGCAUGAUUGAAGCAAGGUCAAAAGAUUUGGUACCAGUUUUUGAGCAUCUUCAAACUCCAAAAUUUCAAGAAACAAGGGUACCUGCUUUGGAUAGCAACUGUAAUGUCCUGCUGCAGAAUCAGAGGUCUCGGCUAUCUGAAGAUGGGAGGGUUUCAUGCGGAAGUAGACAUAGCUCUCUUGACUACGUCUCAGAAGGUAGUAUUGCAGCUACUGAACUCCCAAAUACCAAUGAAGAAAAUUGCUGGGGUGGUCUUCAAAUGUCAUUGGAAUCAACCGCAGGCUUUGUAAAUAACAACAAUAUGACUGAAAUUAAAAAUGGGCUUGAGUUUGUAGAUAACAGAGAGAAGAUUGAGACCUACCUUGAGUUUGUAAAUAAUAAUAAGAAGAAGAAGAAUAAUAAAGAGAGCCUGAAGAUGGAGAAUCACUUAAAGGAUGAUGACGGUGAGUUGGAUUGAAGGUAACCUGUUUGCUCUUUGUUUGAAGUCCAAAUAAAGACUUCUGGGAUGCCUGAGGUUGUCAGAAUUGACGUAAGGUGAUGGGGGGUUUGACUUCAACUUGGUGUUUUGUCGUGUGCAACUUCUAUUUUGUUCUUCAGAGAAGCUUAUUAACCAGUGUUAAUAUUUGUUGGGGUUGAAAUGUGUGGGAGAGGGGGAAUAUCUGAAAGGGAGGAGUUUGACUGUGAUGUGGAACCGUGGAUGGCAUGGAAGGUUAGCAUUCCUUUUCUACUAACAUUGUAAAAUGUAAAUAACAGAUUCCUGAAUAUUAAUAUUUCAAUAAUCAUUUGUAAUGUGUAAAUAAUAGCAUAACCAUACAAACCCUGUGAUACAAGUAUCUUGUAUAAAGAGGGCCCUUUGCUUGGGGGUUGUUGUUUGAUGUGAAUUGGAAUUUCGGGCCUAAUGGUCCUCUGAUUCAUUACCUA